UUGGAGAUCAGUGUCAGUUUCCAACAAGGGCUCUAUAUUUAGCUGGCAAGGGGACUGGGUGACCCAGUCUGACUGCAACAUACAGUACUGUUCAGACACACUCCUCCGGACCCCGACACUCUUUCAACUGCUGACUUCUGGCUUUCAUUUUUAUUGAUGAAUGGUGUGUCUUGGCACCGCUUGUGUUUGUUGUUGAGCAGGAGGUGAGUUAUAGAUCCUUUUUUUUCCCCUGUAGCAUGCAUGUUUAUUCCCUUCUUCUCUAAACUGUGAUUCUUUUUUAAAUUUCACAUUAACAGCAUCCCCACACCAUCAUGACAGACUGAUCUGACUUUGAGAAUGGCUAUGCCGCUUGGCAAUGGAGCUGUCAUCUGUGGCCUACUGAGAAUACAGCUUGGUGAUUAGUGAAGUAGCAAUUAGAGGCGACCAUGUGCCAGUCUGAGGUGCCAGAGGCCAGAUUGGGCCUGAACAGUCCUGAUCCGCUGGUCAGAGAGGCUUUUCUGAUGGCUCAUGACUACAUAGAGUAUGUAACCACAGGGGGGGCAGAUGGCACCAUGGGUCCCGCCCCUACACCCUGCACUGCAGCCCUGCGCCACGCCGGAGACGAGCUCCUCACUCGAUUCCCCAUCUUCUUCAGGCGCUGGCCUCGCAUCUUCCAGGAUGUGACGGAGAACACGGCCUGCUCCAUGCUCAUGAGUGUCCUGGACGAGCACUUCUUUCCUCCUGUCCCUGGGAGACGGCGCAGGGAUCUGGCCUGGAGUGCAGUGCUGUCAGUGUAUGUGCUGGCUGGUCAGAUGGCACUGCAUUGCAAUGAGCGGGGCAUGGUGGUGGUCCUGCCACAGCUGAAGGAGUGUGUGGGGGCAUACGUGGAGAGGGUCAUCUGCCCUGAGAUAAGAGACAAGGGAGGAUGGAGCGGUUUCGUGUCACGCUUUGGAGAGAAGCAGGGCUUGGAAGACCAGGUGAAGAAAGUGUGCUGUUGGACACUGCUGGCUCUUGCCAUGAGCAUCCUCACCUACUUCUUGUGGAAAAGAAUGGCUGUUUAG